AUGUCCUACUCACACAUUGGAUACUUUCGCUUCGAGCAGAAGCCCGGCGUGACAUAUGACCGACCAUCGUUCAAGCCUGUCGAAGAUGCCUUUGGCGAUCGCUUCAAGUCUGCAUCCAUCAGCGGGACAACAAUGACCGUGGAGGUUUACAUGAAGGACAAGUACUAUGACUCAACACGAAACGAGGUGUAUGAUGCCUUGGAGGCCAUGAAAAUGAAUGCUUAUUUCGACCCCACCGACAACAUGGUGUUCGAGACAAGCGGAGACAAGUUUGUCACGCACUGGCACAAUGGCAGUGGUCGGAUGCAGGAAUGCACCAACUGCAAAACCGAGCGCAGCGGGAGGGACAUUGCCAUGUACAUGUAUACCCAGAAACCAUCGAAUUUCUUCGACGAGGAUAAGUUGAAGUGCAGGUUCUGGUGGCUCCGCGAUGCUAUGUUCAGAAUCGACUUCACUAAGCUUUCAGACGUCGAUAUUGAGAAGACAAAGAGGAACAUGUGUGAUAUCUUGGAAGGUUCGGAUUUCUUCGAGUCUUUUGAACGUUCCAGCAUAUUGUUCAAGGAAUGGGAGGCAAAGUAUGCAACCCUUAAUGGGGAUAGUGACAGCGACAUAGAGUUCUACAGGAUUCAGAAUGAUAUUCGUGACUUUGAAGAGUCACGGGGGUGA